AUGGAAAAAGAAUUUGUUCCAGCUGAUUUGGAUUGCCAUUUACCAACAUAUGGUGAUUUUGAUAUUGAAACGUUUCGAGAUGAACUUCAUAAAUUGAGUAUUAGAUGCAAAACUUAUCGAGAAGAAUGGAGAUAUGUUUUAUUAAUUGAUGUGGAUGCUCUAACAGGAUCAUUCACCGUGGAUUUGAUUGAGCCCCAUGUUGCGUUAACACAUGGUUGCAUUGAUUUUGAUGGUAGUAAUUUGGUACUAGAAAAACAUCAUACACGUGACUUGGGAAUGCGUAUUGAUAUUCAACAAAAACCUUAUUCAAUUCAAUUUGAAACAAUUGUUCAUAAUAUCAAAAAUAAACAGUUUUAUGUUCUUCGUACUAUUGACCAUAGACUCACUGAGCCUAUUGAAAAAUGA